AUGUAUGCGGAUACUAUCAGAGCCCCUGCACAUUCAGGCGCAGGCACGCGAGGCAACAGGCUCGUAUCUGAAUCUGGCAAUAUGGACAAGUCCAAGGCCACGGAUCAGAAUGCCACGGAAUCCACUGCCUCAACCACUGCACCGUCGACAGUAUGGGAUGAACUCGAUGAUUUGAAAUCACGUAUACGAAAGUUGGAAUUGACUGGCAAAUUACCACCAUCCUCGGCUGCAGCGAUGGUCUCGGCUGAACGACCAAGGACGGCCACAACUGCCGCGACCACUAUGUCUAGUUCUCCCAAGCACAGUAAGACGCCUAGCCAGCUUCAGUCAACAAUAGAAGGUGUUCCACCCAAUGUACAUCCUUUACUUCACGAGGCACUCGGCAAUGCCAAAGCCAUUGUCAGUCACGACGUUUACCAGAAACUGCUGGCGACUGCUCAGGAUGCACUACAGCUUGCCACAAUGACGAGUCUUGACAAUCAAAGUGUUCGUAGUGGCGUUCCAGCCAUGUCAGAGCGUCAAGUACGACGUCGAAUAGAGAGCAUGUGCAGAAGUUUGACAGAGCUAGCCAUUGCUCUGGCUAUUGAGCCAAAGGUGUCCCAACCAUCUUAUCGACCAGGGAGUCGAGACAACCAUAUCUCUCCUUCCAUUGGCUUGCGAAACAGGGACUAUGGUCAAAGCAAUGAGCAGAUCGACCGGCCACCAACACGCUUCGCCGGAACGUGA